CGCCUCUCGUGGCUGCUCCCGUUCCCUCUCAGACGCGGAGGCGGGAGCCGAGCCGUCAGUUUUCCGCUGGGCCUGCGCUGGUUUCCUCCCGCCGCCCCUCGCCUCCCCCGCCGCCCGGUCGCGGCCUGCCGGUUGGUACGGUCCCGCCUGGCGGGAGGAGGGCGCCGGGCCGUGUCUCCCGCGGCGGCGGCGGCUGCUGCAGGCGGAGCCCCGCUGUGUUUAUCCCGGCAGCGCCUCCGUGGCGGGGGCUGGAGGCGCGGACCCCUCCCCUCGGCCCAGUUCGCCUUGGCGGCAAUAGGCGUCACGUCGGUGAGAAAACAUGAGCCGAGAUUUCAAACCCGGAGACUUGAUCUUUGCCAAGAUGAAGGGUUAUCCCCAUUGGCCAGCCAGGGUGGAUGAAGUUCCUGAUGGAGCAGUAAAGCCUCCUACGAAUAAAAUGCCUAUUUUCUUUUUUGGCACCCAUGAGACGGCAUUUUUGGGACCAAAGGAUAUAUUCCCUUACUCUGAAAAUAAAGAUAAAUAUGGCAAACCAAAUAAAAGAAAGGGUUUCAAUGAAGGAUUGUGGGAAAUAGACAACAAUCCCAAAGUGAAGUUCUCUCAUCAGCCGUCUCAUCCAGCUGUUAACACUCCUAUCAAAGAAACUGUUCAAGAAAGCAGUCAGGAGCCUGCUGAGGGGACUGAAGAAAAAGCAGGAGCCAAAAGAAGAAAGUCUUCUGUCCCAAAAUUAUCCCCUAAAGGGGAUAAUAACUUACAUACAGAAGCUGAAACAGAGGAAAAAGAGAUGGAUACUUUGAAGGAAGAUGAUCUGUCUUCUGAAAAAAACAGUAAAGAAGAUGCAGUGAAAACAAUUGAUUCUUCUAUUCCUAAAGUUGCUAGAAGAGGAAGAAAAAGAAAGGCUGAAAAACAACCUGAAGCUGAGGAAGCAGCAUCAGUGGCAACAGCAGCAGUGGCAGCAGCAGUGACAUCAGCAGCUCCUGUGCCAGUGUCUCCAAAAGUAAGCCCUAAAAGAGGAAGACCAGCAGCUUCCGAUGUUAAGGUUCCAAAGCCAAGAGGGAGACCCAAGUUGGUGAAACCACCUUGUCUUUCGGAGAGUGACUCUGUUAAUGAUGAGGAGAAGGCAAAGAAAAAAGGACAGGAAGAAAAGCCCAAAAAGCAAGGGAAAAAAGAUGAGGAAAGUCAGAAGGAAGAGGAGAAAUCAAAGAAGGAAUUUGACAAAAAGGAAGGAAAGAAAGAGGCUGAACCAAAAAGGAAAAAUGCUGCAAAAGUGGGUUCUGCAUCAGCUUCUGAUUCUGAAGAUGAUGGAGAAGAACAAGAAAGUGACAAGAAGAAAAAAGGAGGAAGAAGCUUUCAGGCAGCUCAUAGAAGAAACGUUGUAAGAGGCCAACAUGAGAGAGAAGCAGCAGAAAGAAAGCGUAAGCAAGAGGAGCAGACAGAGUCUGAAUUGCAGAAUAAAGAAGAAGGCAAGAAAACAGAAGUUAAGAAGAUGGAGAAGAAGAGAGAAACGUCAAUGGAUUCUAGGCUUCAAAGGAUACAUGCAGAAAUUAAGAACUCCCUGAAAAUUGAUAAUCUUGAUGUGAACAGGUGUAUUGAGGCUCUUGAUGAGCUUGCUUCCCUUCAAGUCACAAUGCAACAAGCUCAGAAACAUACAGAAAUGAUUCUGACUCUAAAGAAGAUACGGAAAUUCAAAGUUAGCCAGGUUAUUAUGGAGAAAUCUACAAUGCUAUAUAACAAGUUCAAGACCAUGUUUCUGGUUGGGGAAGGAGAUUCUGUUCUUUCUCAAGUGCUAAAUAAAUCACUUGCUGAGCAGAAGCAGCAUGAAGAAGCCAACAAAACCAAAGAACAGUGGAAGAAAGGAGCAAAUAGAAAAGUGGAAAAGGAAAAGGACCAAACAGGUUCAAAGGUUCUGAACGGAGGGUCUGAAGCUCAAGACACCAACCAGUCACCAAACAUUGGAGAGAACACCGAGGAAAAGAAAGAUAAGCAUGAAGUUGGCAGUAAGAAAAAGACAUGUGGUGAAGAGAGAGAGCUUGAAAAACCAGCAAAAGAGUCAGCUUUUGAAAGCAAAUGACACCAUUGGAGUCUUUUUUUAAAGUACAAAUUAAAAAGGGUUGUUAAGUUUUGCAUUUGAAAUCUAUAGACUGCUGAAAGUUUUAAAUAAUUUUAUAAGCAUAAUAUUUUGAAGUUAAAUUUUGUGGAAUAAAAGCCCCUUUAAUCUUGGUUUAAAAGUAUUUAAACACUUUUGCCAAUAGUUUGUCCAGUAUUAACAGGUAACACAUUUCAAAAGAUGAAAAUUCCAGUUAGAAAACAAAGUGCUUACAUGUUACAGGUUUUAGAGUUGUAGUAUAUUUUUACCUGACUACUGUAUGUUUGUCUAGCUAAUAGCAGGGAAAAGUGUAAAUACUUUUAACUGCCCAGUUGCUUCAUUUGUAUAAAACCUCCUCUGUUCCUGAUACUGACCUCUGUUUGUGCAGUUUUCAACUCUUGUUGGGGAUGUAUUUUCACUGUGUUUUGUAGGAGUUGAAAGCGGCAUUUUUAUAGCUGUUAUAAUGUUAAUGUACAAGUAUACUUAAUCACUUUUUUUAAACAAGGUUAGUUCUGUUCUUGCAAAACUCAUUGUGCCAAUUUGCUGCAAUGUGACUUUAUGGUAUGCUUUUAGUAUUAUAAGUAUACUAGUCAGAAAUGUGGUGUUUUCACAUCAACAACCUGUCGAUGCACCUGUUGGAAAACACUGUCUUUAACAAUUUAUGGAAUUAAAGAAUGUAAACUGGUAA